CCGCCUCCCCCAGCGAUGUUCCCCUCCCGGAGGGCAAAGCUUGCCCCAUGUCCAUUUUCACAGUCUCCACCUUGUACUCAGAAAGAGCCCAGAGGGAGAGAGAGACUCUGUGGAAGUUCCAGUCUCCCUAGGUCACAUGCAGGACUGGGCUCUGCUCUUCCCCAGCGGAAACAACCAGCGCAGGACCAUAGGGGGUCCAGAUGGUUCCUUGGUGGCCUCCCCCGGAAAUGCUCCGUCUUCCACCUCUUCGUUGCCUGUCUCUUACUGGGCUUCUUCUCCCUACUCUGGCUGCAGCUCAGCUGCUCUGGUGAUGUGGCCAGGGCAGCCAGGGGACAGGGGCAGGAGACCCCAGGUCCACUCCAGGUUUGCCCCCCAGAGCUACCCCCUGAGCACUGGGAAGAAGAUGCAUCCUGGGGCCCCCAUCGCCUGGCAGUGUUGGUGCCAUUCCGUGAACGCUUUGAGGAGCUCCUGGUCUUCGUGCCCCACAUGCACCGCUUUCUAAGCAGGAAGAAGAUCCAGCAUCACAUCUAUGUGCUCAACCAGGUGGAUCAUUUCCGGUUCAACCGGGCAGCACUCAUCAAUGUGGGCUUCCUGGAGAGCAGCAACAGCACCGACUACAUUGCAAUGCACGACGUGGACCUGCUCCCCCUCAAUGAGGAGCUGGACUAUGGCUUCCCUGAGGCUGGGCCCUUCCAUGUGGCCUCCCCAGAGCUCCACCCGCUCUACCAUUACAAGACCUACGUGGGCGGCAUCCUCCUUCUCUCCAAGCAGCACUACCAGCUGUUCAAGGCCCCAGCCAGGAGAGGAAGAGGAGGAAGGGGGAGCCUGUCAGGCUUGGGCUGGAUUCUCCUAAGCAUUAGGAUGCCAGAAUGCCCCUGGGAGGAGGGGCAGGUGACAGAUGCUGCCUGUCUUUAUGUCAGUGCAAUGGGAUGUCUAACCGCUUCUGGGGCUGGGGCCGCGAGGAUGACGAAUUCUAUCGGCGCAUCAAAGGAGCUGGGCUCCAGCUUUUCCGCCCCUCGGGAAUCACCACUGGCUAUAAGACAUUUCACCACCUACAUGACCCAGCCUGGCGGAAGAGGGAUCAGAAGCGUAUUGCAGCUCAAAAACAGGAGCAAUUCAAGGUGGACCGGGAGGGAGGCCUGAACACUGUGAAGUACCGGGUGGAUUCCCGCACAGCCCUGUCUGUGGGCGGGGCCCCCUGCACUGUCCUCAACAUCGUGUUGGACUGUGACAAGGCUGCAACGCCCUGGUGUACCUUUGGCUGAGCGGCGCAGACAGUAAGGAAGCCUGUGCCUACAGGCCGCACAGCUGCUCAGCUGAGGCUGGAAGCCAGGCCUGGGGCCCGGCUCUCUUAGGAGACAGAGUGACCUGAAGAAACGUCCGGCUCUGUAUUGCGCCAGCCUGGCCCCCAAAGGGAGGCUUGAACUGGGACAGGACACACAUGCCUGAGACACUGCUGGCAAUAAAGAGUGAUCAUUGAACGGCUGAAAAUGCUUCGACUAGAACUCUCCACCUGGCCUUCCUGCUGUUGUACUCUGCCCUCCUUUGUGUGCGGAGGCCUGCAGGCAGCGGGAAGGGUUGAACUGGACAACUUCUAACUCGCCUCACUCUUGGUCCUUCCCGCCGGACUGCCUGAUGCAGAGAUGCGGUUUAGAAGCCACGUGGCUGAUGUAGGUGGCAGUUGCCGUUGGGACGCUUAGCACUUCAGAAGCCAGCACACAAGCCCCACAGAAAAGAACAGCAGAUACCAGCUCCAGCUGGUUUUCACAUAUAGGAAUGUGGACCUCAUGUUACUAGACCUUUUGAUUUUUCAAAAGAAGCUAGAAUGCUGGAUUCUUAAGUGAAAUCUGAUUUUUUAAUGAUAGCAGCUAAUUGAAACUUUUGAAAAGUACAGCAGGCCAAACAAAA